UAUAUCUUGACUAUCUUACUAUCUUCAGUCAAUCAAGUCUAUUUUAUAUUUUGAUAAUUUGUUAGAGUUUCCAAGUGUAUAAAACAAUGUUAUUAGUGAUUACGAGUUUCUUCACAAAUGAUAAAUGAUUACUUCACAAAUUUAACUUUAAGUUUUGUACAAUAAAUACCUAUAAUGGUAGAUUGACUACUUCUAUGCAGUUUUGGUUUUGUAUUGGUUAACCUAUACGGUUGUUCUUGAAAAUGGAGAAUGAAGGGAUAUUAAAAGCGGGUUCGGAGUCCCAGGACUCUGAUGAGCCUGCGCCACCGGGAAUCUCGAAGGCCGACUUCAAACAGUCUAGUAUCACGAUCAAGCCGCUGGUAUCAAAACCAGCCACAACUACUGUUGGCUUCAAGUUAACUCCAUCUCCCAAAGGAGUGGAGAACGCUAAGAAGAGAUUGAGAGCUUUCUCCAUUCAGAAGAAGACUCCAAUUACACCGGUUACAGUUACCAAGCCACUUGGCGGAGGCAGUACUACAGUGUUUAUAGGAAAGCUGAGCAAUGUGAAGGUUACUCCGAAGCCUGAAGAUGUUGACCAGAAGAAGCCACCCAAACCUCCUAAGCCGGGCCAAGCUCGUAAAGUUUUACAAGAUUCCUACACAGAACUUCAAAAGCGUACCCUCGAAGAAAUAGAGGAUAUGAAACGUAAAAUGGAACUGGUAGAACUAGGUAUACCUCUUGGUCUGAUCUGCCCCAGUGCCACUAACGAUAAGGCGAUGCCUACGAAGGCUAUGCCUCCUAUAAAAACCUUUUUGGACCCAGCCAAAUUAGACGAAAUCAUAAGAGAGGCUAAAAAGGCGAAAUCCGAAGGUCGUGAGUUCAAGUUUGACUACCAAAGGCUAUUGCCAGAUUAUGACAAUCCAUUCCAACGUAAGAAAGAUGAGCUCGAAAAGGUUAGGAUCAUGUCUGAGGAACGAGAUAGAGAGCUUCGCAAAAAGGCUGAAAAAGAAAGAGAAAAAGAUCGAAGAAAAAGUGAUAAAUAUGAAAAGGAUUCACGACGAUACUCAAGUCACAGGAAGGAUGAAAAAGAUAAACGAAAAGAUGACAGGGAUAAAUAUAGAGACAAGCCUAAAGAAAAGACCGAGGAUAGAAAAGACGAAAAGAAAGAUAAAGAGCUAACACCAGUAGCUAAAAAGAAAGUAGAGAAAGUUGCCGACAAAGAAACUAAAGAGACUGACGUAAACCUCAGUGACUAUCUGGUAUGCGACAGCUGGUCUUUAGACAACGAUGACAAAUCAAACGCGAGUCCUAAAGUAGACGACAGAAUAAAGAAUAUACCAAUACCUAAAGAGACCAAACCAAAGGAACCACCCAUAGAAAUCAAGAAGGAGAAAAUUGACAGUCCUCUACCUAAGCCAGCCAAGAAGAUGCAAAAGCUGCAGCCAGUUAUAGAUUCGUUCAAAUUCGAAAUUGAUCCUAACGACGACGAAUUGCUAGACAUGUUUGACGAAAAUUCAGAUUUGGAAAAGUUCGCAACAAAAACCCGUAAAAGAGAAGAUAUAUUCGAUUCUCCUAUCGACAUGAAAAUAUUUGAUUUUGAUCAAAACACUAAGGAGUCUGCUGACGCGUUGACGGAUGAUACGUUUUUGGAGUCGGUGAUUAACGAGAUUAAGCAAGAAGACAUGAGUGAGGACGAAGGUAGUCAGGACAAAGGGCUUGUGGAGUACGACUCCCCGUCAAAAGAGAGUCAGAGUCCUCCUUUAGACAGCAGACUAUCCGUAACUCCGGAGUUAGACGAUAGAAUGCGAGGGUUACAGUCUUCUAGAAGCGAUUACUCGGACGGUUAUCGGUCUACUGAGAGUGGUUACAAGUCAACUGAGAGUGGUUACAAGUCGAGUGCGAGUUACAAGUCAGGGGAGAGUAAGGGGGAUAACUACAGGAUGUCAAUGGAGAAAGAGUUGGAAGGUCAGUUGAACAAGAGUACGGUGGACUCGUUGGAAACUUGGAGCUUUGUGCUGAAGAUAUGUCAGCCGUUGCUGUUCAGACAUGAUAGGAACAAGUGCUAUAGAGAAACACGAACGUCACCCAAAAUUUGGUACACGGAGAACCCAAAGCUAUGUUCAUGUGUGAAGGAUCGCGCCAUUGUCUAUGACGAGCUGGAGACCUGCAAGAUGAACCUUGUCGACCGUGUCUAUGGAUGCGACCAGAUCCCAGAGGUAGAACUACCAAAAUCCCGCACUUGGUACCCUCGUUUCGCCCACUGCCUCACCGAGUCGAACGCCAUCCCGUCCCUAGUUCCCAGUUGCGACUGGGAGGCGGAUGACAGCCAGACGGAGACUCCUAACGUGAGAGACAAGAGACGGUCUUCUACGCCGCAGCGGAGUGAAGAGAUAUAUCUGGAUAGGGAGUAUCAAAGAAAAUCUCCCUGUAGGUUCAUGCAGGCUGUUUGGCCCGAAGUCUCCGAGUCCAAGGCUGGUACUCCCCGCAGCACCACUCCGGUGCGUCAGGAAUCUCGCAAGAAGAAAGCAGAAGACAAAGAUUCUGAAUACAAGAAGAAAUCUAAGAAGAUAAAGCUUAGUAGUGAAGGGUGGAGCCAGGAGUCUGAUGUUGAGGAAGAAGAGAAAAGUAAGAAGAUGAAAGCCGAAAAGUUGAAGGUGCGUAAAAGGAAACACUCAACAUCUUCUGUUUCUGAAAAUGAUGACAGCGCUAAGAAGAGGAAAAAGGCUCUCAAGAAAGCCAAGGAAAACAAGAAGACCAAAGCCAAGUUGGCAAAGCGACGACGAAUUAGUAAGAAGUACCUAAAGAAGUUAAAAGAGAAACAGAAGAAAAAGAAGAAGCUUGCUUCUGAUGAUGAAGAUAUGGAAAAAGAAAACCGAAAGAAAGAGAAAAAGUUACGCAAAAAGAAACAACAAAAGAAGAAAAAGGCGUCUAAAAAGAAGAAAGCUAAAGACAAAUCUUCUAGUAGUUCCUCAUCAUCAUCCACCAGCUCCUCAAGCUCUUCUGAAACAGACUCAGAAGCAGAAAGAAGAAGGAAAAAGAAGAAGAACGCAGAAGUCAAAAAGAAGAAACGGAAACAAUCUACUUCUUCGUCGCAGAGCGAAGAAUUAUUCGACGUCAAUAUAUUGAACAAUAUAAAAACUGAAAGAUUGACUGAUGAAGAAAAGAACCAGCAAUUGGUAGAAUUCUCUCCGAGGAGACAGAAACCUAGAGAGAUAAUAAAUGUAAAAGAGUUACAGAAUGAUUUUGUUGGUAAUAAUAUUCACAUAAAGCAAGAAGUUGAGGAGUGUGUGAGUAAAGAGGGAGUUAAAAUGGCGGAAUUUGAGCUUGAAGAGAAAGAGUUUGCUACGGAGAGAGUAGAAGAGAUUCCUGAGGUUAGACAAGUUCCUGAGGCUGUUGAGCAAGAGUUUGAAGAGAGUAAACAGAGAGAAGAAAUUAGAGAGGUGUCUUUUAAGGAGAUCCCGUUGCCAGAAUUAUCACGCCCCGACACAGACACUGAACAGAUUUCAGUUCACAAACCUGAAAACACUACAUUACCGACACAGGUAGAUAAAGCGAGCAUCGAACCUAGUACUCCGAACGAACAAGCUCAUACUAACAAAACCGACAUACCACCAUCACCUACCAUAGACAAAGAACCUCAAGAAAUCAACAUCCCGUUACCCCAAGUACCUGAAGAAUCCAACUUAUCCCAGUGUUCCUCUCAAGAGUCAUCAGCCAGCAAGGAUGUUCCUUACGAGAAGGACGACAGCCACCUUCGACCCUCGUCGCAGAACUCCAACUAUAGCUUCGGUGACGUGAUCAGCGCCAGCCAGAGUUACCAGAAAGAUGAGGAGAAGUUCCAGAGCUAUCAGAAAGAUGAGGAGAAGUUCCAGGAGUAUGAGGGGAACUAUGAGAUGUAUGAGCAGUUGGCUAUGGCGUAUCAGAGUGAUGUUGCUAAGCAGGCGGUGGUCCCGAGCGCUGCGGGUGCGCUAGACCCGCAGCGCAUCGAGACGGUGGUGCGGGCGCGGUCGCGCGGGGAGAUCAAGUGCGACUGGCGCGCCGCCGACCACCGCGCCAAGCCCGCGCCGCCGCCCACGCAGAGACCGUCGCGAUGGGGUUUAAAACCAGGCGAGGUGAACAUAGUGCUAACGGGAGGUGACGAGUAUCCCGGACGCACUGCGGAGCCAGUCUACCAGAUACAGACCAUCGCCAACCGCAGCGAGAACAACACUGCUGGCAGCUACGAUGAAGCAUACGAAGACAUGUACGGUGCAUCAGACCGGCUGCAGUACGGCGACUGUUUCAACACGGAGAUCGAACCUGAGACCGCGGCAGAACCGCACCAGACAACUCACAGCUCGCUCGACGAUAGGAUCGAUCUCGCAUUGAGGACUACUGUACUCGGCGAAGUUUCCAAAGAAGCGGAUGAGGUUGAUGGCGAUAAAGACGGCCCUGAAAAGGGUAUAUUGGUAAAUAAGGCAGUCCCGGAGAGCCGCGGCGCGAAACGGGUGAGCUUCGCAGAUGGGUACAAACCUGGACAAGAUUCCGAUGUGGAAGAACCGCCUGUUAAGAAGAAGAAGAAGCCGCGUCGUUUCGGCUGCGCUUGGCCGUGUCCCGCGUCCCACGCCGACCACGUGCCGCUGUGGGACGCCCUCCCUCCGCCGCCCCCACCCCCAGGCUCGCCACCACCCAACAUACACCUCGCCAUCAAAGCGCAGAUGAUGAUGAUGCAACAAGCGCCGCAAAUGAUGCAGACCAACCCCAACUUGAUGCAACAACCGGCGAACAUGAUGCAACAACCGGCGAACAUGAUACAACAGGCACCUAACAUGAUGCAACAGGCACCUAACAUGAUGCAACAGCCGCCAAAUAUGAUGCAACAGGCUCCGAACAUGAUGCAACAACCGCCGAUGUUGCCCCAACAACAGUUGUUGCAACAAGGGGUAAAGUCUAUGAUGCCUAAUGCACCGUUUACGAUGCCACAGAAAUUAGAGCCCAGCGUGUCGUUGCCUAACUUUCUGCCGCCCGAGCCACCGCCCGGACUACUUACUUUCCCCUAAACUACUAUUAAAAUGAUAAUUAUUAUUGCAAUAAGUAAACAAGUAUCAAAUGAUAGUUAUUAUUACGUUAGUAUAAGUUUAUUUUAUUAUAAAGACAUUGUAAAUACAAAUUCAAAUGAUGAUGA